AUGGAAUCCAGAAACCACACAGCUAUUUCAGAAUUCCUUCUCCUGGGACUGACAGAGGACCCAGCCCUGCAGCCCCUCAUCUUCAGCCUGUUCCUUUCCAUGUACCUGGUUACCAUCCUGGGGAACCUGCUCAUCAUCCUGGCUGUCAGCUCUGACCCCCACCUCCACACCCCCAUGUACUUCUUCCUCUGCAGUCUGUCUUUCAAUGACAUCUGUUUAAGUACAAGCACCAUCCCCAAGAUGCUGUCAGAUAUCCACACCCAGCACCAGAGUAUCACCUACACAGCCUGCCUCUCCCAGACCUGCUUUGUCAUAGUUUUUGCUGUCUUGGAAAAUUUUCUCCUUGCAGUGAUGGCCUAUGACCGCUAUGUGGCCAUUUGCCACCCCCUGGCUUAUACAACCAUAAUGAAACCCACCCUCUGUGCCCUGCUGCUGCUAAUAUCUCUGUCCAUUAGCACUGUGGACGCCGUGUUCAACACACUGAUGAUUCUACGGCUGUCCUUCUGCACAGACCUGGAGAUCCCCAACUUCUUCUGUGAACUUCCUCAGAUCAUCAGCCUGGCCUGUUCUGACACUCUCAUUGAUGACAACCUGAUAUACGUUGAAACUUGCAUAUUUGGUGGCUUUCCUCUUUCCGGGAUCAUUUUCUCUUAUGUUAACAUUGUGUCCUCUGUCUUGAGGAUGCCAUCAUCAGGAGGAAAACACAAAGCCUUUUCCACCUGUGGGUCUCACCUGUCAGUAGUCUCCUUGUUCUAUGGGACAGCUUUUGGGGUGUACAUUAGCUCUGUAGUGACUGACUCCCCCAGGAAGACUGCAGUGGCUUCUGUGAUGUACACUGUGGUCCCUUCGAUGCUGAACCCUUUUAUCUACAGUCUGAGGAACAGGGACAUGAAAGAGGCCUUGAGGAAGCUCAUCAGUAGAGUAGCUUCUCUUUUGUGA